ACCGGUGGUAUGGUGGCCGGGAAGAGGAAGAUGAAAGGUGGGAAGUCAAGGUGAACCAAGGGAGGUUCCGGACAGGUGCUGUGGGGAGCGGAACUCCAUCUCCCACGAGGCCUUGUGGGGAGACUGGGCGUGACCUGGCCAGGUCUCCUCUGGGCCUCACCUGGUGGGGAGAGUGUGAGGGCCUGGCCUGGGUCGGGGCAGAAUGGCAGCAAGCCCAGCAGAGACGGGGGCGGGGGGCGGAAGGCUGGAGCAGCAGACAGACCAGAAAUCGACACUGAGACCCAAAGGGAGGAAUGUUGGCAAGAAAUACGGUGCCAAGGCCUGGGGAGUGGCUGAAAGGGUGGGGAUUAGAAACGCAGGAGCAAGGGGACAGAUUGAGAGCCCAGAGUCCCUGUCACCAUCUCCUCUCCCUGCUCCCAGCCCUCAACCCCCACCCCAAGCAGGAUGCAGUUACCAUGACAACCUGGCCAGCCAGAAAGGAGGGCGGGGGACUGCAGAAGAAAUUUUCCACAUCAGCAGGAAGGGAGGAGGGUGUGAUGCACAGAAGGAACUGGCCCAUACAGUGGGGGCCACGCAGGAUCUCUGGGACCCCAAAACAUCAUGUCCACCACCCCCAGGAUUCUCACCCUGCCCCCACCCAGCAAACUGGCCCCCACACCUCUGGGCCACUGUGGGAAAGGGGGAAGGCUUGAGAGAGGCUCAAGGGUCAAAUGUCCAAAGAUCAGCAGCUGCCCAGGACAGUCCCUGGUGUCCCACCUGCUGACUCAGGGACCGGAACUGGGUCUAGAACUUGUUUUUGUCUGGAAUCGUGACCCGGGACGAAUGGCAGGGACCGUGCCCCAGUCCCUGCAGCUCCAGAACCUCGAUGCCCUUGGGGAGAGGCACCCUGACCUUGUGGUAGAAGUGGCCCAUCCCAAAAUAAUCCAUGAAUCUGGAGCACAGAUUCUGCGCCAUGCCAAUCUCCUGGUGGGGUCCCCCUCAGCCCUGGCCAACCAGGCCACAGAGCAGCAGCUCCUGGAAGCCUCGAACCGCUGGGACCAUGCUGUGUUCGUGGCCCGGGGAGCCCUGUGGGGCACUGAGGACAUCAGCAGAUUGGACUCAGCAGGGGGCCUCCAGAGCCUCCGUGUCACUAUGGCCACACAUCCAGAUGGCUUCCGGCUGGAGGGACCCCUGGCUGUGGCACACCACACUGGGCCUCGCACUGUGCUCUAUGAAGGUCCUGUCCGUGGGCUCUGCCCCUUUGCCCCCCGCAACUCCAACACCAUGGCAGCAGCUGCCCUGGCGGCCCCCAGCCUGGGCUUCGACCGCGUGAUUGGGGUGCUUGUGGCCGAUCUCAGCCUCACAGACAUGCAUGUGGUGGAUGUGGAGGUGAGCGGACCCCCAGGCCCCACGGGACGAAGCUUUGCUGUGCACACCCACAGAGAGAACCCCGCCGAGCCAGGCGCAGUCACCGGCUCUGCCACUGUCACUGCCUUCUGGCGCAGCCUACUGAGAUGCUGCCAGCUUCCUUCCAGGCCGGGAAUCCACCUCUGCUGAGAAGUCUCCCGCCCCCAAACAGCCAGAGGACACCCUCCUCUCCUUUACCAGCUCCCCCACCACCAUUGUCCUGCUGUUUCCCAGGACUCAGUUUCCCCGGACCUCCCUCCUGUCUCAGUAAAAACUGGAGG